AUUAUGUCAACAGUAUUUGAGAUCAGAUGGGUGACUUUCAUGAAAAUCUGUAGACCGAUUAUUUAAACAUACUGCCCGAUUCUUCCUAAUGUUUCAUUUCCUUUCCAAGCAUAAUUUAGAUAUAGUUUCAUUGGGAAGAAAAUAUUGUCAAAAAGGAAUUUUGCAAAAAUUCAAUGAACAACCAUUAUCAUGUAAAUUUUAUGAGAAUAAUUUUAGAAGAUCAUUUGACUUAUUACAGUGUCGAAGUGUCUCGUUUUAUCCUCUGAAAAAACAAAGUUUACAUAAUAGAUUUACCAGUUUACAGAAUUGUGAUUUUUCAAGAAUGGCAUCUUGUGGAUUCAAGAAUAGAUUGAGUGAAGAAAAAUCCCCAUAUCUGCUUCAACAUGCCCACAAUCCAGUUGAUUGGUAUCCUUGGGGAGAAGAAGCGUUUCAGAAAGCUCGCGAUGAAAAUAAAAUGAUCUUUCUAUCCGUGGGGUACUCCUCUUGUCAUUGGUGUCAUGUGAUGGAGAGAGAAUCGUUCGAAAACGAGGACAUCGGACAGGUUCUCAAUGAAAAUUUUGUCAGUAUUAAAGUAGAUUCGGAGGAGAGACCUGAUGUAGACCGGGUUUACAUGACUUUUGUUCAGGCUACGACAGGAGGAGGUGGGUGGCCGAUGAGUGUUUGGUUGGCGCCAGACCUGACGCCGAUAAUUGGUGGAACGUAUUUCCCCCCAGACGAUAGAUAUUAUAACAGACCAGGAUUUAAAACUAUUUUAUUAAAUAUAGUAGAACAGUGGAAUAGUAACCAAAGUGAACUACAAGAAAAAGGCGCUAGAAUAUUGACAGCUUUACAAAAGAGGACAAAAUUUGAACAUCAAGGCCAACCCAUCCCUGAUAAAGAAACCUAUGAAAGAUGUUUUGAAUCUCUGGAAGCUGUGUAUGACAGGGAAUUUGGGGGAUUUGGCAAAGCUCCAAAGUUUCCUCAAUCCUCUAACUUUGAUUUUGUGCUAAGAUAUUUUGCUAUGAACAAAGACAAUGAAAAUGGUCGCCAAGCUCUGGAUAUGACAGUAAAUACGUUAAAAAUGAUGGCUAAAGGAGGAAUACACGACCAUAUAGCUCAGGGUUUUCACCGUUAUUCAACGGAUGAUAUGUGGCAUGUUCCUCAUUUUGAGAAGAUGUUGUAUGAUCAAGGACAGUUAGUUGUUUCAUAUUUGGAGGCCUUUCAGAUCACGAGGAAUAAAAUAUUUGAAGACACAGCUCGUGAUAUUUUAGAAUAUGUUUCUAGAGAUCUUAGUCACCCUGAUGGUGGAUUUUACAGUGCUGAAGAUGCUGAUUCGUAUCCUACCCAUGAUGCAAACGAGAAAAAAGAAGGCGCAUUUUGUGUUUGGACUAAAGAAGAAUUAACGUCACUUCUAACAGAGAAAGUGGUGGGAAAAGACCACACAACUUUUGCCGAUAUUUUUUGUUGGCAUUAUCAUGUGAUGGAAGACGGCAAUGUGGAUCCAUAUCAGGAUCCACAUGAUGAAUUAAAGGGAAAGAAUGUUUUGGUUGUCAAGGGCAACAUACAGCAGACGGCAGCACACCAGGCAGUAGAUAUAGACAUAGUAGAAGACGUUUUAGAAAAGUGUCGGAAAAUUUUAUUUGAAGAAAGAUUAAAAAGACCCAAGCCUCAUCUUGAUAAUAAAAUGGUGGCUGCAUGGAAUGGUUUAAUGAUCUCUGGUUAUUCUAAAGCUGGUCAGAUACUCGGAGAUAAUCUCUACACUGAACGAGCCGUCAAGGCAGCCGAGUUUCUUUAUACCCACAUGUUUCUACAAGAUUGGGGGAUUUUAUUACGCAGUUCGUAUACAACUGAAGAUCAAAAUAUCUCUCAAAUUGAGAGUACAAUAGAAGGAUUUGCGGAUGAUUAUGCAUUUGUUAUACGUGGUUUGUUAGAUCUUUAUGAGGCGUGUCAUGACCAAAAAUGGUUGGAAUGGGCGGAGCUACUACAAGAGAAACAGAAUGAGUUGUUCUGGGAUAAAGAAGGCGGAGCUUAUUUCAGUAGCUGUGAUGACGAUCCAUUCAUUGUUAUCAGAAUGAAAGAAGAUCAAGAUGGGGCUGAACCAAGUGCUAACUCAGUUUCUGCUAUGAAUUUACUCCGCCUGUCAGCCAUGUUGGAUCGUAGUGAAUGGUUGGCCAUGGCAACCAAGAUAUUCUGUGUAUUUCAUGGUAGAUUAACAGAAGUUCCACGAGCUGUACCAGAAUUAAUUUGUGCUUUAAUGGUUUUCCACUCAACAACUAAACAGAUUAUUGUUGCUGGAAAUCCUGAAGCAGACGACACAGCGGCCAUGUUGAAGUCUAUUCACUCCAAGUUCCUCUUGAACAAAGUUCUACUUUUAGCCGACAGCAAUGAAAAUAGUUUCCUCUAUCGAAAAUUACCCCAAUUAAAAAAUCUUAAAAUGAUCGAUGGGAAAGCUACAGUUUAUGUUUGUGAAAAUUUCACUUGUUCUUUGCCUACAAACUCCACAGAAGAUUUGAUAAAGCAACUCAGUGACAUUUAAUAAAGAUCAAUCUGAUCUAUGUUUCGAUUCGUUUUUUUAAAACUUUCGACAUCUUUAAUAGAAGGCUUGAUCUCGCUUUAACUACGUACAUCUUAUCAAGGCCUUCACGUAAUACCCUGCAUAUUGCGCCACUAAUUUUGAUUGGGUACAAGCCCAUAUUGUGAGCCUAUCAGAUUCAUCAAUCGUCACGAAUACCAAGUCUCGCGCUUUCAAGCUAAAAUGUCUACCUGUGAUAAUCGAGUUGCAAAGUUCAAAGUUCAUUCAAUGCCAAGGUUUCCGUGGAGGUCGCGAUGUCACAACCUCUGAUUGGAUGCUACUGCUCACGUGUCUGUAGAUAACAUAGCUAUAAGUUUGGAAAUUGUGAAGUAAACAAGUAACGGCCAGAUGUUGUGAAACUCGCAGUCGUUGCUUCAGGAACAUGUACUGGAAAGUCGCAUCAGAGGUCGUACGAGUGGCUUUUGACCCAAUGAUUUCAGACAUUUGAUUAACCAAUCAGUGUUGAUGUUUCUAGUGGGUUACCCACAGUUCCGUGCACCUUGCGCCAAAAGCUUGUCGUUUCAUUAGCUAAUACCUCACAUCAUCCAGAACAUGUGUUAUAUAACAACUCUACCAGAUCCUAGUGUAAAACAAAAUUUUGAACUAUAAAAAACGAAACGAAAUAGGAUCUGUGUUUUAAUCAGAUAGAUAGAGUUGAUACUUAUGGAAUCUACAAUUAAGAUUUUUUAAAUCCAAAGGAAACCUUCAAAUCCCAGCUCAAAACAUUUCUGUUUGGAAAUCCCUUGUUAAGGAAAUAAUUAGUGGUAACUCAGGUACCAGGGCCCUGUUUCUCGAAAUCUUAACUAAAGAUAAAAUCCAAUUUUAGUAGAUACUUCAAUUUUGAUUGGCUAAGCACUAAAACUGGAUUUUAUCUUAGUUAAAAUUUCGUGAAACAGGCCCCAGCAGUACAUUAGGAACUUCAGAAUUAUGUGCUUUAUAAUAUUUGUCAUUAAAUCAUAUAAGUGGUCAAUAUUCUAAACUAAUGUUUAGUAUGUAUAAAAAGUGGUUAGAAAUUAUACAGUUGUCAUUAAUUAGCAGCUGUGUAAUUAGCUCUAAAAGAUGUUACUACUGGUGUAAAAGCGUGACUAUUUAUAACACCCAUCACUAUUGAAUACACAAACCUGGACAUUAGUGGUGUAUAUCAUUCAAUAGUCACAGUUUUAAUACCUUAGAUUGACAAACCACGACUCCUGCCAGAUUACUAACAAUUUUAACUAACUAAUACACAUUAUGUAUAUAAACUGACGACUUUGAUCUAUUAGUGUCAUAUAUUUUCAUUUAUAACAGUUAGUGGUUUCGAUUCCCCGGUUGUAUGUGACAAGGAGUAGGGUCGCCUGUCCAACCUCGUGGGUUUUCACCGCUUCCUCCAGUUUCCUCCCACUGUUAUUUGUUGUUUAGUCACAGUGUUAUGUGUCUGGUAUAUCUCUAGUUCUUUUGGGUAUGCAGGGUUGGGUGGCCGAUUGGUUAACAAGUGUGCAUUGGACAGGCGACCCUACUCCUUGUCACGUACAACCAGGGAAUCAAAACCACGCCAGUUGACAAAUGACAGAUCUUAUGAUGCAACGCGCACAUGUUAACCAUUCGGCCGUCCAACCUCCCUCUGGUAUAAGAGAUAUGCUUAUUGUAAACGAGGAAUGAACUAUUUAGAGUUUUUAUAACUGUAAGUUAUUGUUUGAUUAAAAUAUAAC